GUUAAAGCCAUCCCUUAUUCGCAGUGCUUCUUCCAUGGGGGGGUCCACAAGAAUCACAGUGACGGUUUGCACAUUGGGAGUCUUCGUUUGGAGAAUCUAAAGUGGGAGCCGCUGAACGGGACAGACUACAUUUCUGUGGUUGUUCCGCUCGAGCAGAACCAGACUGUCUGGCACUCCUCCUCCACGAUGGCCGUCUACUUUGUCGGGAACAAGAACGGCACCUGGUUUGGGAACCCGGCAGCCGUCCUUGGUAAAACUGCAGAUUCCCAGGGAUGCGCCUUGUCUCCAGAUGUUGUAAAGAUCGGAGAAGUGGCCGCCGGCUGGCGAGAGUCCUUGCAGUACUGCCGAGAUCAGGACCUGCAGCUGGCCAGCCUCCCCGGGGAUCAUCACCGGAGACCAAUCCACGAGAAGAUCCUCCGGGUCACGAACGGGAGCCUAGCGGAGGUGUGGAUCGGCAUGCGUCGCAGCUCCCAGUCCGGACAGUGGUACUGGCUGAACGGGGCCCCGGUCAACGACACCAACUGGGGGUGGGGGGAGCCUGGCACGGUAGAGGAGGGUCAGUGUGCCAUGAUGAGUCUUGACAUUAACAAAUCCUUCGGGUGGAGCAAGAGGCACUGCUGUGAGGCUGCCCGUCCCUUCUGCUACAGGGAGAGCGUGUUAUUUCCUCUUUAGAGGAUUCAUAAACCUCCCAACUUUCAUCCAUGACAUUCCUGUACAUUAGGAAGGUUAGUUACAUUAUUAGAAUCAACAGCUCAAGCCCCCAUCCAUCAAUGCUACAGCUCAUAUUACACCAAAAGGAAAGACACAUUAUUCCAUAAUUAUAAACUAUACCACAGUUUAGACAGGACAUAAGUGAAAACAGGAAAUUGGUAAAGACAGGAGGAAGGACGGAAAUGUGGAGAGGAAGGUAACUAAAGACAGGAAGUAGUUGUAGACAGGACCUAGGUGUAGAUAGGAAGUAGUUGUAAAUAGGAAGCAUAGACAUAUAUAAAGGCUAGAUGUCUCAUCCGCAUUGCCGGCCAAUGGAGUGGAACGUCCACACAUGGCGGCCAUCUUGCUACAACUGUUUAAAAAUUAUUAUUAUUUGAAGUACAUGUAUCACUACCAACACAAUAUUAUGGGUGAGCGAGUUCACUGUAGCAAGUUGGCCACCAUGUGCGGACGUCUAGCCUUUAUAUAUAUAUCUCUGGAUAGGUAGUAGGUUCCGGAAGGAAGAGAAAGUUAAGGGUCUUUAGACUGGAGAGUUCUGGAGUUUUUGUACUAUUCGAGUAAGAAGAGUAGAUGCGGUUAGAGUUAGAACCUAAACUCUAUAUAGGUCUUAGUGUCUAAAGGUAGAAAAGCUGGUUAGCUGUAGAUGGAGGCUAAAGCUACUCUGCUAACUUAAAUGUGAAUUAACAAAAUAGACACUAGGAGGAGGCGGCUAACGUAGCCAUAGCUAAUGCUAGCUGCAGCUAUCUCACCAGCUAGCUUAUUUCUAACAGUGUGGUCUUUGAUCUAUUUUGCAGCUUAAAUAAACAUUAUUAUCAUAGAUAUACAUUACAGGUCAUUUAGCAGACGUUUUUAUCCAAAGCGAUUUAUAUUACAUUUUUAAACCAUGGCUUUUUUUACAUUUUUGCCUGGGGAGCAAUUAGGGGUUAGGAGUCUUGCUCAGGGACUCUUUGACAUGGGACAUGGAGCAGCCUGGACUCGAAUCACCAACCUUGCGGUUCCCAGCGGACCCUCUCUACCCCCUGCGCCACGACGACCAGUAAAAACGUCUAUACAGUGAAAUCCUGGUUUUAAUUUGUUUUUACCUUCAGCCCAACGGUUUUGGUUUGGUAUUAAUACAUAAUAUAUUCUAUAUGAAUAUGUGUACUAAUAUAGAAUGUAUUCUCUUUGUAAUAAGUCUCACACGGAACUCGAACUGGGUCUCCUGGGUGAAAGUUGUUUGUUUGACUCCACUUUCUUUCCACCCAUCUCAUUCAAUAAACUAUAUUUAAUCUCUGA